CUGGAUCCACCGGCUUGGAUCUACCCUCAUAUCCUUGGGUAGGUCCCUUUGCUAGUGGGGUGGCCUUGCGUGACCCUCCUGUUUCGCAAGAAUGAGACCGAAGUGGAUUAUUAUGGUGUGAUGGCCUUAACCUUUUCAUAUAUAAUGAACUUCCACACCAAUUUUCCAUCACAUCUGCUAGCUCUUCUCACGCUCUCCCCCCACUCGAACAGGAAGUCACUCAAUGCUAACCAAAAAGAAAAAGCAUUAUCGGCAGUAGUAACCAUUCUCAUUCACGGAACAAGAGGCCGACUAGCAACCCUCAAAUAUCACUAUUCGAAGCGCAUUCGAUUACCCCAUAUUUGGUGACAUGUCAUCGGGACAACAGUCCCUAGUCCUGUUUUGAGUUACUCCACAGCCCAUAUAUACAAAGUUCUUCCACCUUGUCCCCAACGCCAUCCCCUUCUGUGGCCUCUUUGUGAGGACCGGUCAAUAUGGCAACUGAAUGGUCGCUUGACUUCUGCCUUGCUUGUGACCGUCAGACCCUAGGGGAACCAUAUUGCUCCCAAGCCUGCAGGCUGGCUGAGCUGGACGCCGUCUCGAAGGAGGCGACAGCACCUCAUGCGAUCGUGUGUCCACAACCAACUAGGGCCCCCAGCCAAGCUGGGCGUUCUGUGACCGGAUCCCUCGCAACAAUGGGAACGGCGCCAGCGGGAUCACCUGGUUCCCAAUACCCCAAAAGGGUACUAUCGCCAUCUUCUUCGCAGACAUCACUGUCGUCGGUCAAGAGCAGCUCAUCACGGUCCCUCGUGGUAGCAAGUCAAUUCAAAAACGAGUUACGGGAUUAUGCAUGCAGCUUCGACCACGUCCGUGACUUGAAAAGACGUUUCGCAUCUUAGCGCCGUAUGAUUACAGCCCUCAUAGACAUCUAUUCCCGAGAUCUAUUCUCCAUGGGCACCAUUGUAUCAAAGCAUUGGUGGCUAUUGUGGACAAAACCCACGGACCCCUCGCACUUCAACAGCCUAAUCCAGUAUCACCUCCCAUUCCCAAGAGAACCGUUCAUUGAUUGUCA